AUGAAUAAUGAAAAGUAUUAUAAUGAGAGUAAUGAAGAGGAUUGUAAUAAGAAUAAUGAAUGGUAUUAUAAUAAGAAUAAUGAAGGGUGUUAUGAUAAGAAUAAUGAAGAAUAUUACAAUAAGAAUAAUGAAGGGAAUAACAAAGAGUAUAAUUAUUAUGAUAUAGAGUUAGAAUAUAUAGAUACUGACUUGAAGUUAGUAGAAAGAAAUAUUAGUUUGGAAAUAGAGCACAUAGAAGUAGAAUCUAAUAGUUAUCUAGCUAGAACAGAUAGUUCGAAUCUUAGUAAAGUUUUACAGUUAUCUACAAUUCAGCAUAAAAAAAGAGCUAAAAAAUCAAAAGAUAGUCUUGUUAAACCUUUUUAUGAGGAUCUGAACUCUCAAGCUAGUGUUUUAAGCAAAAAUCAGUUAAAAGAAAUUUUGAUCAAUGCUAAGGAUAGAGUUAUGCAAAGUAUGCGUGAACAUGCAUAUAAUGACAAAAAAAUUUGUUACAUCUCAUUUACCACUGAUAUAUGGACUUCUGAUAAUGAUGAUUUUAAGAUUUCAUACCUCCUAUACCCCCAUACAGCAGAGCAACUUGCAAAUAAAAUUAUUGAAAUUUUGAACAAAUUUCAGCUUAUAAGUAAAGUUGUGUAUUGCACAGCUGAUAAUGGUGUGAACAUUAAAUCAUGUUUAAGAAAGUUAGAAGAUAGGUAUAAUAUAUUCAAAAAUUUUUGUUUUGGUCAUACUUUAAAUCUUGUAGUUAAUGAUGUGUUAAAGAGAUGCCUUAAAAUUAUCAAUAUUAUAAAGAAAUACAAGGAUAUUGUGUCACAUUUCAGUGGAAGCCCAAAACAAAAACAGUUUUUAUUAAUAGCUUAG